AUAAAAGGCUAUGCCAAGUGCAGCAUUAUAGAUGUAUGUUGGAAAUUAUGGGGAAGUAUGGGGAGCAGGAAUAGGGGGGGUGAGAGCUGAAAUUGGGUAUUAAGCAGGGGUGGACUGACAACUCAUGGGGCGGACUGACAACUCAUGGGGCCCCUGUGUCCUUGCCCAAACUCAAAAAAAGCCUAUGAAAAAGCUACCAGGGUCAUCUCAUGGGGCCCCCUACUGACCCCGGGCCCUCGAGCAGUGCCCGAAUUUCCAAAUGGUCAGUCCGCCCCUGGACAGUGUAACAAU